AUGGCUGAGAGAAAGAAGCCUUCAGGAGCUCAAUAUCGUAAACGAAAAGUUGAACAGCAGAGAGAACAAGAAAAACAGAAGGGUUCAUUGCUAAAGUUUAUAUGCCGACAAGACUCUACUAAAGAGGAUAGUAAUGGUGGACAGAUUCCCACUGAUAUGGAAGCUGAAGAAAUAUCUAAUGUUGUUGAUAAUGAUAAUGUGAUGAUGAGUGAAACACUUUCUUACUCAACAGUUCCCGUUUCCCAUGCGGAUAAUGGCCAAUUGAAUAAUUCUCUCGAGGAACAUGUACAGCAAGCAAGUGAAGAAAAAACGGAUAAUGUUAUUCCACAGGAUCCAGCACUUUGGCCUCUACUAAUUAAUCAUAAUACACGUGCAAUCAUUGUAGAACGUGGACCUGAGCAAAUAAAAGAUAUCAGUUUCCCAAAUGAUAAAAACAAUCGAAAGUUUUCAGUAUUUCACUACUUAAGAAAACUUCCUAAUGGAGAAAAAUUAUGUCGUAGCUGGCUCUUGUAUUUAGUAUUAAAAGACUCAGUGUUUUGUUUCUGUUGCUAA